CUGUUCAGUACAAUCUUGGAUCAAGUCUAUGGGCAACGGGUCUGUGAUGAGUCGGUCGUGGAUUCAUUUGUAUAACAUGUUUAGGGAUAUGUCCACAGUUUUCUUCGGUAUCUGCGCUAUUUGCUGGAUUGAAGCAGUUUGUCACUCCCUUGUUGGUACCUACACUGCUCUGAGUACUCGUGAGUACACUGCCGUUCUGUACCUUGAUGGCGAGCCACUGGACUCCUACAGUAGCAGUGGCGUGGUCAGCAUGCCCCGUCGAGCCUGGAUGCGUGAAGGACCUGGCCGUUAUAUCUGGAACUCAACCAAAGGCCUAAAUAUGCAGCAAUGGGGCAGAGGCAUGGCGGACAUCUUCAACCACACAGGACCUUACAUGAGUGCUGUGGUCCUGCAGGGGAGAUUUGGCUGUAGAAUCGAGCGGGAGCCUCAUGUCAGCGUUACAGAGGCCUUUGCUCAGUACGGAUUGAACGGAGAAGACUUCCUGUACUUCGAGCUCACCAGGCAUCAGUGGGUGGCUUCAGCAGAGUCUGCUCUCCCCAUUGCAAAGAAGUGGAACAGGGACCAGAACAACAUCAUGGAAACUGAGAAAAACAUGAAGCACAUCUGUAUGUCUAGUCUUUUGGACAGUUUGUCCAUGGAAGAAAAGGAGAGCCAGAAGACAUUUCAGCCCAAUGCUUCGGUGUUUGCCAAGCUGUCCCGGAACUCUGGGAAGGUUAUUCUGACCUGCCUGGUUUCAGGAUUUCGCUGCGGGAACACGACGGUGGAGGUUUAUCGGGAUGAAGACAUCUUGACUGAAGACAACGGCCUCUGGUCCUCUGGGAUCAGACCGAACGGGGACGGGACCUGCCAGCUGAGAAGGAGCCUGGACAUCUCUAACAGCACUGAGGCACCAUACAGCUGUGGAGUCCACUCCACAAAUCUCACUGUCAAAUGGGAUGGGGUGAUAUGGGGCCUGGCUGAAACUAGACAAGACCAUAUCACUAGACAUCACGAUGUUCUUAUAGUGCCGUUUGCAGUGUUUCUUAUUUUCACACUGACACUAAGGUGCAGAAGGCACAGCUAUAUCAUGGCAUGGAAGAGUCGGGGAUGCCUCUGGAAUUCAUUGAUGCACAGAUGUAACCCAGAUUGAAUGAAACCCAGCUCCCUCACUGAAAUGUGACAAAAGAGUGACCAUGGCAGUGCACCUGAAGGUACGACUGGGGCCACAGACACCACAAGGAGACCGUGCACCUUCCUCGCUGGGUGGCUACGCGCGAUCGGUUUUCUGGGGUGACAAAGACAAAGGCCGCUUGUCCGGUCGCCUCGUCACCCUGAAGGAGCCGCCGUGGUGGAGGCAGCUGCUGGUACGCAAUGGCAGGGACGCGGGUACCCACCACGUCCUGCUGAAGCACAGCUCUCUCCCACGCCUUCGGCCUCCGGGGAGAACCUGAGAGCGAUAAACACCACAUGUUAGCAUGUCAGUCAGCAGAAAGUUUCACAUCACAGGAUUACGGCAUACAAGCUCUGCAUCGUGCCACCACUUAACCCUGG